AUGAUGCUUCUUGCCAAAAGAGAGGAUAUAAAGGACUUAUGUUGAUGCGAUUUUUCAAUCAUUGCUUCAGUGAUUUUUGUAGAGUGAACUUAAGAUAAGCAUAAGGAAAUUCUCAUAGGAUAUACACAUAAAGUAUUAAAAAUGUCAAAGUCAAUAAUAAUAUUAGUGAUUGCAUUCUGUUGCAUUAGUCAAAUUGCUGCACAAACGUUUCAAUACUCACGUGGCUGGACAAAUGGGAAACGUUCAAGUGCUUCAGCAGCAUCUCCGACAGAUCUUCCACAAUCAUUAAGACAAAUGAUCCCAAAUCCACUUUUGAUGACAGCCAGUGAACUCAAUAAUCGCGAAAGAUUAUUUCAACACAUUAUUAAAAAUCCAUGUGAAGUGAGGAUGGCACUGUUGGCAAGUCACAAUGGAUUUAAAUUUCCAAAUGAUGAUUUUACAGCAUCUGCUGCCGACAUUUUAGACGAGGAUGCACUUAAUCGCUUUAAGAGAGAACUGGGACUACACAAUUAAGCUUUAUAGGCUUUACUUACCUAAAUUGUAUAUAACAAGCCGUCAUCAUAUAAAGACUAUUAACAACACCUUUCCAUUUCUUCUCGAUAUAUCAAAUCGGACCUCUCAGAACUCCAUCAUCGACAAACACUUCUUAAAAUGCAUCAUGUAAAUUUAAAUAAUCCACAAAAUUCGGCGGACUUUUAGAUAUUUACACAAAUGAAUGAAACUUAAUUAAGUGACUAUAUACACACAAACCAAAAAGUUUUAAAUGUUGAGCAAAUGAAUAAAAAAAAAGGCAUAGAAGCU